GGGCUAAUAUUAUUAUAAUUCGGAAGUCAGUGGUUUAUUUAGAUGUUUUCAUGUUAUUUUUCUGUUAAGAAUGCGAAAGUGCAUUAACUGUGUGUUAAAAUACGAGCGCAAGUCUUUUUUUUUUGUUUUUUUGGUUUAACAGUGUACUUCCGGGUUAAUUGUGUAAACAACAGAUGACGUCAUCGCACACAUACCUCCAUAGGCCAUAACACUUCCAGGCAACACUUCCAGCACGCCAUGAAGCUGCUCCGGUACCCGGCGGACACGAUGCGCGGGAAAACGGUCAUCGUGACCGGAGCUAACAGCGGCAUCGGGAAGGCCCUCGCCGGGGAGCUGCUGAAGCUCCAGGCUCGGGUCAUCAUGGCCUGCCGGGACCGGGAGCGGGCGGCGGAGGCAGCCCGGGACAUCCAGGAGCAGUCCGGGCCGGGACGCGGGGAGGUGGUCGUCAAAGAGCUUGACCUCGCAUCGCUCAAAUCAGUCCGGAAGUUUUGUCAGGAAAUCCAAGAAGAAGAAGCGACGAUCGACGUCCUGGUCAACAACGCGGGCAUCUACCAGUGUCCCUACGCCAAGACCGAGGAGGGCUUCGAGAUGCAGCUGGGUGUCAACCACCUGGGCCACUUCCUGCUCACUCACCUGCUGCUGGACCUCCUGAAGAGGUCGGCCCCCAGCCGCAUCGUUGUGGUCUCGUCCAAACUGUACAAGCACGGCCGCGUCAACUUCGAGGACCUGAACAGCGAGCGUGAUUACGACAAGGCCUUCUGCUACAGUCAGAGCAAGUUGGCCAACCUGCUCUUCACCCUGGAGCUGGCGCAGCAGCUGGAAGGCACAGGGGUGACGGUCAACGCGCUCACCCCCGGCAUCGUGAGGACCGGGCUGGGCAGGCACGUGCACAUCCCGCUCCUGGCAAGGCCGCUCUUUUCCCUGGCGUCCACGCUGUUCUUCAAGAGUCCGCUGGAGGGGGCCCAGACCCCGCUUUAUCUGGCGUGCUCCUCGGAGGUGCAGGGGGUGUCGGGGAAGUGCUUCGCCAACUGCGAGGAGGAGGAGCUGCUGGCUAAAGCUACAGACGGACAGGCGGCUAAAAAACUGUGGGAUAUAAGCAGGAGGAUGGUUGGACUGGAUGACCAAUGAAUAUUUUCAUGUAUAAAUCUAUUAAACAUGCUCUUAACUUCACUGACUUGGUAGCGUUUAAUCACAGAAGAGAUAGGAGUUUAAAAUGUGCACGUUUGUGACACUUGUCUUGUUAUGGUCAGUAUUAGCAGUGCUGUGGCUCCCUCUUGUGGCUGCAUUAGGAGCUACAUGCACUCAAUUACAAACGAUGUGAUUCUUUAACUGUUCUAGUAAAAAUAUUAGAAGGUAAACUAUGGAUAAUUUACAUUUUAAAUUGCUAGGCAAGGAAGAGCAAAAGCUAAAACGGACUUUUUAGACAGAAGUAUUGGGACAGUGCACAGACAAUAGGACUUUUGUCCAUUCUGAAGUUGAUUGAACUAAUGUUGGACUUGGGGAAAAAGUAAUUUAAGGCUUGUUCAACAACAUUGUUCUAUGGGCCACAAUCGCCACAUACACUGGAUUUCUCCCUUCAAUAUUUUCCUGUAUAUGUCAGUAGACUGUUACCUAACAAAAUUAUUAAAACAAUAAAGUAAAAGGCAAAUAUGUUUACAAUUGCCAAAAUGACAGGAGCGCUCUGUGGUCUUAAAAAGCUAUACUAAAAAAAAACUAGUCAAAGAUCCUUUAUGACAGCACUCCUGUCUUUAAGAAUAAAAAUGAUAGUCAAAUAUUCUUUAUACAACAGAAGCAUUAUGUUGUGUUAAAAAAAAAAAAAUCUAGUCAAAGACCCUUUACAUGACAGCACUCUUGUUUUUAUAAAGAAAAAUAACGCUAGUCAAAGAUCCAUGAUAUUACAGGAACGU